CUGGCCGGGGUGGGGUGGGGGGGGUCUCCUGCCAUGGAUGCUGCGCCUGGGGGGCAGUCUGAGCCCCAAUCCACAUGCCACUCAGGAUGAGGGCCCACCCCUGUCUGCCCAUCCUGGGGCACUCCCAGCUGGCCCAAGUCUGACACCCCUAGCCCCUUGCCCACCAGGCAUCCAGGCCCCACACCCUCACCCAGUUCCCUGGCCCUCAAGGAUGUACUGAACUGUGGGGAGGCUGAGGCCACGCCAACUACAUGCAUGUCCCCCGGGGGCAAGUUCGACUUUGAUGAUGGCGGCUGCUAUGUGGGGGGCUGGGAGGCUGGACGAGCACAUGGCUAUGGCGUGUGCACAGGGCCCGGGGCCCAAGGAGAGUACAGUGGAUGCUGGGCUCAUGGCUUCGAGUCCCUGGGUGUCUUCACUGGGCCUGGUGGGCACAGCUACCAAGGCCACUGGCAGCAAGGAAAGCGCGACGGACUGGGCGUGGAGCAGAAGAGCCGCUGGACCUAUCGUGGAGAGUGGAUGGGUGGUCUGAAGGGACCCAGUGGUGUAUGGGAAAGUGCCUCGGGACUGCGCUAUGCUGGGCUCUGGAAGGAUGGUUUCCAGGACGGCUACGGCACUGAGACCUACUCUGACGGAGGCACCUACCAGGGCCAGUGGCAAGCUGGCAAGCGCCAUGGCUAUGGGGUUCGCCAGAGCGUACCCUUCCAACAAGCAGCACUUCUGCGGUCACCCCGCCGCACCUCACUGGACUCAGGCCACAGUGACCCCCCAACACCACCCAUACCCCUUCCCCUACCUGGUGAUGAGGGUGGUAGCCCAGCCUCUGGCUCCAGGGGGGGAUUUGUGCUGGCAGGCCCAGGUGACCCAGAUGGGGCCUCCUCCCGAAAACGAACUCCAGUAGCCGGGGGCUUCUUCCGCCGCUCCCUAUUGUUAAGUGGGCUUCGGGCAGGUGGGCGCCGGAGCUCAUUGGGCAGCAAGCGGGGAUCUUUGAGGAGCGAGGUGAGCAGUGAGGUGGGCAGCACGGGGCCUCCAGGCUCUGAGGCCAGCGAACCUCCAGCCCCUGUCCCUCCGGCACUCAUUGAAGGGUCUGCAACCGAAGUGUAUGCAGGAGAGUGGAGGGCUGACAGGCGCAGCGGCUACGGAGUAAGCCAGCGUUCCAAUGGGCUGCGCUACGAGGGCGAGUGGCUCGGCAACCGGAGGCACGGCUACGGCCGCACCACCCGCCCAGACGGUUCCCGAGAGGAGGGCAAGUAUAAACGCAACCGGUUGGUUCGAGGUGGACGGGUCCGUAGCCUCCUACCCCUGGCCCUGAGGAGGGGUAAGGUCAAGGAAAAGGUGGACCGCGCAGUAGAAGGUGCCCGUCGGGCAGUGAGUGUAGCCCGCCAGCGCCAGGAGAUUGCUGCUGCCAGGGCAGCAGAUGCUCUCUUGAAAGCAGUGGCAGCAAGCAACACAGCAGAGAAAGCUGUGGAGGCUGCUCGGAUGGCCAAACUAAUGGCCCAGGACCUGCAACCCAGGUUGGAUGCACCAGGCCGAAGACCCAGGCAGGACUCCGAAGGCACUGAUACAGAGCUGCCCGACUGCGACAGCCCUGGGGUUUAUGAGAAUGGACUGACCCCUUCUGAGGGCACUCCAGAACCUCCUAGCAGUCCUGCCUCCCCCUGCCAGCCCUGGAGACACCCUACCCACCGCAGUCCUUUGCCCUCUAGGGAUGAUGGAGGCCACCUCUCUGGCCCCAAAUCUUGGCCAGAGGAGUGGGGGGGCCCAGGUGGACCUGGAGAGGAGCUAGCUGGCUAUGAGGCUGAGGAUGAGGCUGGGGUGCAGGGGCCAGGGGUUGGUGAUGGUUCCCCCCUCCUUGGGGACUCCAGUGACAGCUCCGGAAGCCUUCGAGAAGAAGAGGGAGAGGAUGAGGAGUCCUUGCCCCACUCAGAGCCUCUCCUAGACCCAGGGCUUGAGCCCACAGUCACCCCCAUACUGAGGGGCACAUCUGGAAAGGCUCUGGAAGCAGAGAACCUGACAGAGGCACUAGAGGAGCCUGGUGCCACCGAAGAACCUGCCCAACGGGGAGCUGCUAACCCGUUGGUGGUGGGAGCCGUGGCACUGCUGGACCUGAGCCUGGCAUUCCUGUUCUCCCAGCUCCUCACCUGAGGUGUCUCCCUAGUCUAUGGCUCUGGUUCCCAACUCCUCUUUCCUUUGGACCUGCCUUUUUCUCUCUCAAUCAUCUUCUACCUUCCUUUCUCUACCUUUCUCUUUUGUCCUUUCUUUUUCCAUUCCCAUUUA